AUCGGCUGCCUGCGCACACUGCGCCUGCGCGCCCGCCCCGACCCCACCCUGCUUUGUUAGCAGCCGCUUCUCUGGGGGGCUUGGCAACGGGGCGGCGUGGGGUAUGAUGGGAUGGCUUGGUGCUGGUGCAGCUCGCGAGGGAGGGAGAAGCUGCUCGUUUUGUGACGUCACCCAGGCCGUGCCUCCCCGCUUUCCUCCACCGCGCUGCGCACAUGCUGGCCUGCUCAUCGAAGUGAAAGAAACAGAACAUGGCAACUAACAUUCCCAGGUGGUGAGGGGAAAGAGGAAGGAAAGGAGUGAGGCAGCAAUUUUAUUUCAGUAAAGAAAAGAAAAAGCAAACUCCUCAUCUCUGGUGAACAUGUCACUUCUACUUCUCUUUCUCUGGUAGCAAUGGAAAAGGGAUUGACGGCUCUGAGCUUCUUAGAAACAAUUCAGCCGGUUGCAGGAACAGACUCUCCAAGGAAAGCCUCACAGAAAUAACUAGGAUGAAAUAUCAACUGGAGCAGAGGUAGCAUGGGCAGAUGUAAGACUUUAAAAAGGUCCUGGACAAGAUAAUCUUUCAUUCAAGUCACUUCCUACCAGGAAAUUCCUAAAGUGAGAGGUCAAGUAAGACAAGCUGUUUUCCAGUAUUUUGUGCUGUCACUCUUUGCCUUCUCAGUCUACUAGCAAAUAAAACCCUAUCUGGGACCCUACUUUGAGCUGUUUUCAGUUUGGGAGCCACUCUUAGCAAAAAAGAACUUGAAGUACUUGUAUGUGAAAGACAGUAGACUGCUCUGACCUUGCUAAAUGAGUGUGUUCACUUCAGUAGGUGGCAAAGCCACUUAGAAAUAAUGGCCUGCAUGGAGAUGGACUCUCUAAUUUUUUUCUUCAAGAGUAUGACACAGUAGAAAUGCAUCACCAAUGAAAUAAGAGCACAGACACUUAAAAAACCCAUAGGCCUGAGUGGCACAUACUCCAGGCAGUACUAAUAUCUGUCAGCUUGGAUGAAGUGAAGCUGUGUAGUUCAGGAGUCUUGAAAGGAAGUGAAGUUUGUGAAAAAUGACUGUAGAAUUUAAUCUAAACUUCCUUAAAGAAUUGGAGCAGGAGACUGUUUUGGAGGUUCUAUACCGUGAUCAGAUGCUGAGAAAAGUGGAUGAAGAAAGGAUAAGGAAAUUGAAAACACAGCUGCAGCAGCUUCGGUGGAAAGGAGCUAAAAAUGCAAGCCACGAAUAUCAGGAGAGGUCUUGUGCUCGCUGUCAGAAAUCCUUGGGCCUUGUGAUGAAUAGAGGUGCGGUGUGCAAUGGGUGCAGCCAUCGAGUGUGUUCCGAGUGUCGCAUCUGUCUCAAUCCCUACUUGUGGAAGUGCACCAUCUGCUAUGCUCAUGGAGCCAUGAAGGUAAAAACUGGUGAAUGGUUCUUUGAGGAACGAGCGAAGAAAUUCCCAGGUGAAGGUAGAUGUGAAACAACUGGGGCAAAGCUCUUGAAAUCCUAUCAGAAACUGAGUAAAAUAUCUGUGGUUCCCCCUACUCCACCUCCCUUUACUGAAUCCACGGCGGGAAAAAACACAACGGAACUUGAUCAAGCUAAAACUUUUAACAAGUCUGUGGAAAAUUUGUUUCUCUCUCUCGCUACACACAUUAGAAAAAUCUCAAAGUCCCAUGAUGACGUGACGGCUGACAAGAGUCUCCUAACUACAGAUUAUGGCCAGGAUGCGAAUCGGAGGAGGGAAAGGAGGAGCCAGUCUGACACGGCCAUCAACAUUGCAAGCAGGAUUCAAAAUGCACCCAGCCUGCAGCAGCUCAUCAUUGGCACAAGAGACAACAAUGCAAUCUUUACCAAAAAGGGUUGCAGGCCAGGAGAAGACCUUCCUUCUAGUCCCCUGAGCGAUGUUGUCUUCUCUGGUGGUGUAAAACAUGGGAGUUUAUUUAGCCUUAACAGCACUUGCACUGAGGCUGACAAUUUUGACAAGGCUAACGUCACUGGGGAAAUAGAGUUUGCCCUCAGCUAUAUCUUCAAAACCUGCACUUUAGAAGUCUGCAUCAAUGCUUGCAAGAAUCUGUUUUAUGGAGAGGAGAAGAAAAAAAAGUGUAACCCGUAUGUAAAGACCUACUUGCUUCCUGACAAAACUGCUCGGAGCAAAAGGAAGACCGUUGUCAGAAAGGGGACAGUGGAUCCAGCAUUCCACGAAACUUUAAAGUAUAAGAUUGACUACUCCCAGCUGGAAACUCGACAGCUUCAGAUAUCUGUCUGGCAUGCAGGUGUGUUCAAGAAUCGGGUGUUUCUUGGAGAGGUGCUUAUUCCACUGUCGUCUUGGAAUUUUGAAGACAAUUCAAUGCAGUCAUACAACUGGUACCAGCUCAAAGCUAAGUCUGAAGACAAUCAAGUUCAGUACAGUGGAGAACUUCUUGUGCGUGCAAAAAUGUGCUUACCAUCCCAGCCUGAAAAAUUCCGGUAUGAAGAGCACAUGAUGGAAGGGACAGAAGACCAAGCAGCUCAUGGUGGCCAGCUUCACCUCGUAGUACUUGAGGCCAAGAACUUGCCCGUGUUAAGAUCUGUUGGCAGCCUGAAUUCAUUUGUAAAAGGUUGCCUGGUCCUCCCUGACCAACGUGAGUUAAAACAGAAGUCUCCUGUCCUGAGGAAAGAAACCUGCCCUCGCUGGAAGCACUUGUUUGUCUUUGAUGGUGUUACCCCAUCCCAGCUCCAGUGGGCUUACCUAGAUCUGACCAUUUGGAACGAAGCAUCCUUUGGCUUAAGUGACCGAUUUCUGGGGGGAGCCAGGCUUAGCACAAAAGAACCAAUCAGCUCCACAGCCUCCAAUCCCCAAGCAAAAGUUCUUUGGCAAAGAAUACUCAGCAGACCAAAUACCUGGAUGGACAUUACACUAUCUCUGCAGUCAAAUAAAGGGGUGUUUACAUUUUAAUAGCACCUGGAUGGCAAGAAUAUCUUCAGCUGGUUGAAGAGGCAAGUAUUGCUGAUGGGCUUGAACAUGCAAGGCUAUACAGAACAUGCUCCAGCCAUGGCUAAACAAUCAGCACUUUGCUUUCUGGGAAGAAACCUCUACCCUUUGAAAGGAGAUUUGUAGAAGGAAGCAAGGAGUGGACAAUCCUAAAUUAUACAACUUUCUUUGGGGAUUUUGAGAAAACUGCCAUUAGAAACUUCAGAAGCAAAAAAUUAAACAGGGCUUUGUUUCAUUUGAAGCUGUAAAUAGCAGCCUGUAUCUGUAAGCAAAACAGCAGUGUAACAAAAGGCUGAGCAAGACUAAUGGAUUGUUGCUAGUCUCACACCCUAGGAGCACUACUUUGAAAAAGGCAGUAGGUGAUUUAAGUAUCACCCCCACUGAGAAGAUAUUUAUCAGGGCUCAGAUCAGACAUACUCCAAUUUGAGAGAGAGGGGAUUGUAAUGGGAUUAAGUGGUGCAACUGUGUAAAUCUCAUUACCAAAAGGGAAGGUUUAACUUUGUAAACUCUACUUUAGUAUUGUUCCUCAAAACUGCUACCGUGGUUCAGAAGCUACAUUGCUUUGAUAGGGGAAAGAAGGCCUUUCCCUGUAGUUGUCAGCAGUUACAGAAGUCACAGCUGGCUUCCUUGUAUAGAGGGAGGCUAAGGAUGGGGGACAUUAAGGCCAUGUCCUAAUAUUCUUCUCAUUAGAUACUACUUUCCAUCUCUCCCAGCAUGCUGAAGCACUACUGUAUACUGCACAAUGGGAAAUUGUUUAACAUGAAAAAAGCUAGUGAUAAGAGGAAAGAUAAGAGGAAAUAUUGAUCAGUUUAAUACUGCAGAGUGGGUAAAGGUAUGUGCCCCCCCCCCCCCAUGAGUUCUAAGUGCAGUGCACACUGGGAAAAAGUAAGUGGUCUGACUCCAAAUCAAAUAGUUUAGUCCAUAUUUUGGCCUUGCCCUCCCCCCCAACCCUUUUUGUGGUCUAUGUUUUAUAAAUAUGAUAUCAUAAGUACUUACCUGCCAGUUAGCGAUCUGGAAAAAUUGCUGUGGCAACUACUACAUUAGCCAAUAUGGAGGACAGGCACAUUUACUAGCUUUGGAGUAUUUAAACAUCACUCCAGCUGUAAAUCUGACCAGGAGCCUGCAAUUCAGCAGUAGAAAUGCGGUAGCACAGGCUUCAGUGCAAGCCCACCAGGGUCCUUGGGUGCUUAUUUAGCUAGUUGAAGCCUGUGUCUUAAUUACUAUCGUUACUCAGCUAUAGCCGGAUUACAGCUGGCUCAUGUGUGCCUCCCUGUGCUGCUGGCACACCUGCUGAUUACAGUGGAGUAAUGACUUCAACAUGCAAUCUACAUGGUCUCUACAUUAUCUGACUAACAAAAGUUACCUGCUCCUUGUUUCAUUCCAGCUCAGAAGCUGGGAUGCGAUGUUCUGCCAACCAUCUGAAAACAUCACUUCCGCUCUAGAGCCAGGCUCUGCCCGGUGUUGAGAAAUUGUUCGAGUGGUGGAUAGAGGGAAGGAACUGCGUGUUCCCUCCAUUCACAACUGCUAGGUCAUUGUGAUGUAGGAAUUCUUCUGCAGCCACAUUCCCUGCUAUCACCCCCUGGCUGGGUGGCAACAUUACAUGAUAUGAGUCCAUCAACAGCUUGACAAAGCCCUUGCUUUGGUCAGAAUUGUUGGCAUAUCAGGAUGAACAGAUGUAAACACCAUUAGAAAGCCCUGUCCGAUUAGAAUUCCUACAGUGUAUGUUACAUGCAAGUCUCAGCAGAAGCUGUAUUAGAAUUAGUGGUAACUUGGUGAGUGUGAUGUUUCCUUGCUGCAGACCCAGUGUCAGAAUAAGGGUAGCACGUCCCUGUCAAAUGCUUUUUCUCUUGGCACUCAAAGAGCUCUCUCUAAACCAAUCUCCCUCUUCUCAGUCCCUGUCCCUCUGCCAUCGCCACUUUGAAAAUGCUGCUUGCACUUUCUGUCCUCCCUGGUUAACAGAGUAAGCAUAGCUGUAAGGAGACUUCACUAUACUCAAGAAUAUGCAAGCAGGACUAUGGUGCAGUCUUAGCACAUAUCAGGCUGGUGUGCUGGGGUGAAAACAUCCCACACAACACAAACCACUUGACUUCUAAUUCCUUGUCAGCUUGCAGAUCUUUUAUUUAGAUGUGUCGGUCACCAAAAGAAAAAAGGGUCUACAACACUUCGAUAAAGAGGGUUUAACUUUAAGACUAUGAAGCAGCAUUAAGGGUUGUAAAUGGAAGAGGGGGAGAACUUAUACCAGAUUUCAUUGGACUUUAACAGAUUUUCAAAAGACUGGAUGGGAGGGAGUGGGUUAGGAAAAAGUCCACAGGAAUGCUCUCUGUAACAGAGAGAAUACAAAUGUGAUAUAAACAGUCCCUUCAUGGCUGGAGUCUGAAACAUUAUUAAAUCAAAUAUUAAAAAAAAAAUAGAAAGUUUGUUAGAAAAAAAAUUAGUGCAGUAAAACUGUAUAUACUGAAUCACAUGCAUGUAUCACAACUUUCAUUGAAGUAAAAAAACAAAAAAAAAAAAAAUCAUCUUUACACAUGCUCCAUAGCAAGUAAUCCAUUUCAUACACUGGCUGUAGCACAUUAGACUAAGUAUAUUGUUUAAACUUUUUUUUUUUUUUUAAACAUAUCCAAAUUUAUUAAAUCUGAAAACAGUAACAAAA